GGCCAGGCAAACCCGUGUAUGACAGCAUGAUCAGCGAUAAACAUCAUCUGGGCACGGCACUGCAAUCAGCCAGGCCAUACGGUGUAGACAACUCCCACGACAAUACAGGCAUCUGAGACCUAUUGUUCAUAGGAAUCCCCACAGGUAUACGUGACACAAUACGGUCAUUGACGAUAUCAGUGCAGCUUGUAACACGGAGUACGGCUUACAUAACGUUAUCAGUCAACACACUGGGACACUGAUAGCAUACACUUGUAGUCCCGAGGAGCCACGUUCAACGCCACACGUAGUUGGGCUGACACCAUAGACAUGGUCUCUCUCACGCCGUACAGGACGCUGGACAUCAGUACACCAGGGGACACUAACCCAUCUGACCCCUUUGAUGUCACAACGCUAACUGUCUCGGACAUCAGGACAAUAGUUGUCUCCGACUACAACAACUCCAGCGUCAAGUCCUUCUUUACGCGACACGACAGCGACAGUUACAGCAUUCUCAAGCUCACCAGUUUUCCUUGGCAACUGGCCAAAGUGACACACAACAAAUUAGCGGUGACCGUCCCUGGGUCAAGGACGAUUGUGGUGUUUAAGGUGUCCCCCGACCUUGACCAGCAGGCCACUAUAGACACGAGGGUGAUGUACUGGGGCCUCACUGCCUUGGACUCUUCAACGCUUGUCGCUGGUGCGGAUUAUUCAUCGUGUGUGGAUAUCCUGGACCUUGAUGGCCACGUGCUCAGGUCAAUUCAGGCUGAGGACAUAGGUCAGGACCUUCUCCAGGAACCGGACUUUCUGUGUUCAACCACAGACGGCAACAUUCUUGUGGUGGAUUCCGGAUCCAAGUCUCUGUUCUGCAUGACAACCUAUGGAGCCGUUGUGUUUGUGUAUUCCCACACCGAGGCCACGAGCAGAGACAGGCCCGGGGGUGUGACAGUGACCACUUCCGGGCUUAUCUCCUUUGUAGAUGAUAAAGCUCAUACACUGGUUCAGCUGACAGAGAAAGGGGAGGUUGUCAUGAAAACAGCUAUGCCAGACGAGUCGAAAUACAACUACUUUGGUCUGUGUAGUGACGAGGAACACUUCUAUAUUGCUGUUCGGGACAAACACGUACAUGUGUACAACUUUGCCUAGUACAUGUGCGUUGGCAUUGGACACUGUCAGUGCGGUAAUGAAAACGUCUCGUAGACCAUGUACUGAUGCAUACCAAUACUUCAGCAUCUUGAUUUAUAGCCAUAUUAAACGUGAGUGUGGGGGACUCAAAUCCUUGUUAAUGGAUUAAGCUUGGCACAUCGGGGCCCUAACUCAUUGUUCUCUGCUGUGACUAGACUGAGCUGGGUGUUGUGGUUCGAAUCCCGAUUGUAGCAUGAUACUAAUCAUGUUGUUAAUCACUGGCCACCAUCGUACUUAUGAUCGUUAACAUGUCAGCCCUAACUCAUUGUUCUCAGCUGUGUUCACCUGACUGAGCUGGGUGUUGUGCUUCGAAUCCCGAUUUUAUCAUGUUAUUAAUCAUGUUGUUAAUCAUUGGCCACCAUUGUACUUAUGGUCGUUAACAUAUCGGUUUUAGUUUCAAUAAAAUCAGUAAAUGCGG